UAACUUUUCUAGCCCUAUAUAUUACAUCCUUCCAUUCAUUCAUAACCCACAAAUGCACGAUGAAUGAUUUUAUUCCCAAAAGGUUAGAAGGCAAAGUCGCCAUAGUCACCGGAGGUGCAAGCGGAUUUGGCGAAAGCACGGUAAGACUCUUCGCCAAACACGGCGCAAAAGUCUUGAUCGCGGACGUCCAGGACGACCUAGGACAAUCUCUAUGCAACGAGUUAGCGACAACAUUCAACGACGACGUUAUAUACGUCCAUUGCGACGUGACCCAAGAUUCCGACGUCAAAAACGCCGUGGACACCGCCGUUUCCACCUUUGGAAAACUCGACAUCAUGUUCAACAACGCGGGCAUCCCAGGGAACCUAGAUUUCACCAUCCUCGACUCCGAUAACGACAAUUUCAAGCGCGUGUUCGACGUCAACGUGUUUGGAUCAUUUUUAGGAGCUAAACAUGCUGCUAGGGUUAUGAUUCCGGCGAGACAAGGAGUGAUAUUAUUCACAUCAAGUGUGGCAUCAGUUGUUUCCGGUGAGUCACCACACUCGUAUACGAUGUCGAAACACGCGGUGGUGGGGUUGAUGAAGAACUUGUGUGUUGAAUUAGGGCAAUAUGGGAUUAGGGUUAAUUGUAUUUCACCGGGAUCGGUUUCGACACCGUUGGUGACGAAUGCGAUGGGGUUGGGGAAGGCGGAGGUGGAUGAUAUUGUGUGUGCUUCGACGGUGUUGAAAGGGGUGGUGCCGGCGGCUGAGGAUGUGGCGGAGGCGGCGGUGUUUUUGGGUGGUGAUGGGGCGAGGUAUGUGACCGGAGUAAAUUUGGUGGUGGAUGGGGGGUAUAGUACAACCAAUCAGAGUUAUUCUAGGGUUAUUAAACAAACGUUUGAAACCCUAGCUAAAAAGUUAUGAAUUUAUGAUCACGUGAAGAGUUUCAUUAUCCAUGGGUUUUAAUUCGAUAUUUAUGAUGUGUAUUUGUUAAGAGUAUUUAUGUGUAAAAGUGUAUUUGUUAAAGAGUAUUUAUGUGUAAAAGUGUGUGUGAUAUUUAUAUGAGUUAUUUACAAGUGUCCGCUAUAAAA